AUGUUCGACCAAUUGAUCGCUCAGCUACCUGCUUCUCUGGUAGACACCUUCAGAACCAUCUUAUCGAAGCUAACGAUGGAUUCGUCGAAACCAUUAUUACCCUUCAUCCCCAAACCCAUCAAAGCCGUCCUCUUACUUUUGUUCAUCCUCCAUUCACCCUCAUGGCCGUUCACAUGGCAUAUCAGAGUAUGGUAUUGGGGUAUCAAAGCGUAUUACCUAGCUUAUCGAAAGGGAAGAUCAAAGUAUCUGAAAGACUGGAAAGCUCAGUCAAACAAGCUUGGUGGGAUUAAGGAUUUGAGAACGAGGAUACAUAGGAUAGCAUGGUUGGACGACUGUGAUUAUAACUUACAUUUGAGUAACUCCGCCUAUGCCAAAAACUCGGACGCACUAAAGAUGAAAUGGUGUAUCGAAACGUUAUCACCGAUGUUCACACCUGGCGCUCAUAUGGCUUUGGGCGCCACGCAUUACAACUUCUUCAAGGAGAUUCCACUAGGUGCGGAAUACGUUAUGGAAGCUAGAUGUGGAGGAUGGGACGAGAAAUGGUUUUACGUAGUUAUUGAAUUCAUCCUAUACCCUAAAGUAUCUUCCAAAUCCAGAUCCAAAACUCAACAAGCUAAGAACGCCGCAUCCAACACUGGUCCAUUAGUUCCUUCCAUCUCUGAUCCUCCUACUCGAUCAACAUCACCCGUCCCACCUACAAACGGCAGCUCAUCCAGUACGGCAGCUACGACAAGUAAAGUGGAGGAGAUCAAGCGAUCUUGGGCGGUGAAGAGGGGACAAAGGGCUGAUGGAGGUGUGGUAUGUUGUAUGACUAUAAGUGAAUAUUGCUUCAAGAUGGGUAGAGUAACAAUACCUCCGAGGAUCGGUCUAUGGAUGUCACUCCAAUCUCCCUCUGCGGCCGAACAAGAUCGAGCCAGAAAAGUAGUCAUGUCGAAAGAUGGUGGAAGGGCGUUCCUUCGAGGUGGAUGGAAAGAUGAACCUGAUGCCAACACCCUAGGUUCUGAUAUAGGAUUGUCACAGGGUGAUGAUGAGAAGGAUAGUUGGGUGGUCAAGGGCCGACAGGGGAUGGAAAGUGUUGUUGAAGGGAUGAGUGCGUUUUGA